CUUGCUAUUACUGUCAUACUCUGCACCCACCUGCGCCGUUGCGCGUUCUGUUCUAUCCCACUGAUCACCAUCUCUACAAACCUUAUGGUACCCGACUGCAUCUGAGGACCUCCAAGUACCACAAAGGCACCUGAUCUCACCCUCUCUGCAAUUAUGGGCACCCCGGGAGACAUCGGAUCCUUCGCAGUUUGGGACUACGUGGUCUUUGCUCUGAUGCUCCUCAUCUCUGCAGUCAUCGGGAUAUAUUACGCCUUUGCAGGGGGCGGACAGAAGACCUCCAAGGACUUUCUGAUGGGUGGAAGAAGCAUGACUGCGGUGCCAGUGGCGUUAUCCUUGACCGCCAGCUUCAUGUCUGCUGUGACCGUGCUGGGCACCCCUGCAGAGGUGUAUAGAUUUGGAGCCAUGUUUAGCAUUUUUGCCAUCACAUAUACCAUCGUGGUGAUCCUCAGCUCCGAGGUGUACCUGCCGGUGUUCUACAGACUGGGAAUCACCAGCACAUACGAGUACCUCGAGCUGCGGUUUAAUAAAUUCGUACGUGUGAUUGGGACCGUCCUUUUCAUUAUACAAACGAUUUUAUAUACUGGAAUAGUUAUUUAUGCUCCUGCACUUGCAUUAAAUCAAGUUACUGGCUUUGACCUGUGGGGUGCAGUUAUAGCAACUGGAGUAGUUUGUACAUUCUACUGCACAUUGGGGGGACUGAAAGCUGUUGUAUGGACAGAUGUUUUCCAAGUCGGAAUCAUGGUUGCAGGAUUUUCUUCUGUAAUUAUACGUGCUGUAGUGGUCCAGGGUGGAAUUGGUCCCAUCCUGAAUGAUUCAUACUAUGGAGAUAGGUUAAACUUUUGGGAUUUUAACCCUAGUCCACUGCAGAGACAUUCGUUUUGGACCAUAGUAAUUGGAGGAACCUUUACUUGGACUGGAAUCUAUGGUGUCAAUCAGUCCCAGGUCCAGAGAUACAUCGCCUGCAAAUCCAUAUUUCAGGCAAAAAUGUCUCUCUAUGUGAAUCUUAUUGGACUGUGGGCUAUUCUAUCCUGUGCAGUUUUGAGUGGGCUUGCUAUGUACUCAGUGUAUAAGGACUGUGAUCCAUGGACAGCCAAUUUUGUAUCGGCGCCUGACCAGUUGAUGCCAUACAUGGCACUGGACAUUCUACGAGAUUACCCAGGACUUCCAGGGCUGUUUGUGGCAUGUGCAUACAGUGGAACGUUAAGUACGGUCUCCUCUAGUAUAAAUGCUUUAGCUGCUGUUACAGUUGAAGACCUUAUCAAACCUUAUUUCAAAUCCCUCACCGAAACAAAGUUGUCCUGGAUUUCCAAAGGAACAAGUCUCUUAUAUGGUGCUGUGUGUAUUGGCAUGGCUGGUUUGGCCUCUCUGAUGGGUGGUUUGUUACAGGCAGCUCUCUCUAUUUUUGGGAUGGUUGGAGGCCCAUUGCUGGGCCUUUUUUCUCUCGGCAUCCUUUUUCCGUUUGGAAAUUCAGUUGGAGCAAUAGUUGGCCUUCUCUCUGGAUUUGCUGUGUCACUUUGGGUUGGCAUUGGAUCUCAGAUUUAUCCUCCUCUUCCAUCUCGAACUCUGCCCAAAGCUUUUUCCAUAGAGGGCUGCAACUUCACUAUUGCAGACAGCAAUUGGACAUCGACCACACAAAUACCUUUUACAACAACAUUAAUAACUGAUGCAACAGUAGACAGGCCUGCUCUUGCUGACAACUGGUACUCUAUGUCAUAUCUGUAUUUCAGUACUAUCGGCACUAUUAUUACUUUGAUUGUAGGUGUAAUUGCCAGCCUCUUAACAGGAGGAUUAAAACAAAAUACAAACCGAGACUGCCUCUUAACAUCCGAAGACUUCUCCUACUGGAAGACCUUGAUUACAUGGUGUAGAAAUGAAACAAGUGAAAAGGUUGAGGUUUUAAAUUAUAAACGCAAUAAUACAGAUGCAUACCUGGACUGUGGAACAGACAAUCCUGCUUUCCAUCAUCUUGAAAUGAAAUACACAGAAAAAAAGGAAGUAGUUAAUGGAAUUCAUAUAUGAAAAAAUAAUGGAAUUUUGUUCCCUAUUCUUUAUUUUAUUUUAUAUAUCAUUUGAAUGGAAAUUUAUAAUUAAUUGUAAAUAAUGGUGAUCACCUUGCAAAAUGAUUUACAGCUAGCUAAUUUUUUAAUACAUAUAAUAUUGAUAAAAGUCAGUUUUCAACAUUAUUCAGAUUCCAAAUAAUUUGGGCAACUCUAUAUUUUCCAGUGUUGAUAAUAAAAUGUUUUUUUUUACGCCACUGAUCAUCUAUAUGUUUGAGAACAUGAAAAGCACAACACUCUUAAUGACUGACAAAAAAUGAUGCAUAUAUUCCAGAAUUGCUGAGUUUGGUGUUACUUGUAAUUGUAAAUUUUUUUUUUAUUAAUAGAAAAUGGAAAACACAACAAUGUGUGAAAUUGUGAAAACACAACAAAAUUAAUACCACAACCAUUGACAAAAAAGCUGGUAGUGGAACUAGUGCAUGUAAAGAGCAUUUGAAAUACCCUGAGGUGUAUACUUUUCAAAAAUAUAUGGUUUGUUGGGGUACAUUGAAUUGACUGGGUUCAAAGAUAUCCCAAAUAGGACAUGGGGCAGCAUGGUCAAAUAUGAAAAUUCCAAAUUGAAUACUGCAUACCUCCUAAAUGUGUUUUUUUUUGUCCCAAAACAACCCGACAACCGUAUGCAUGGGUGAUAUCAAUCUACUGAGAAGAAG